UGUUGCUGUCGGAUAGCACUAGGGCGCGAUGACAGGACAGUCCGCAAUUCCGACACGAUAGCAUUGGCUACAGGCUGAAAACAAGACAGUAAAAGCACCCAAAAAAUGUGAGUUUUCAAGGCCAAAUGGAGCCAAACCGCCGCUUUGAGUAUCUACAGUAAAUCUCUUCCAGUUACAGUCUGGAAAAGUGCUGAAUGUACAGCCAAAAGGUCCCGGAAAGGAAGGAAUUUCUAGGAAGAGAACAAAGAUCAUAAAAAACAAGAAGGCAAACUAUAGCACAGAUGGAAAAGAAGAUCAUGGACAGGGCAGAGGGAAAAUGCAACCAAGCAAGGCUUCAGAGAGUGGCACACUUCCAUACUCAGUGGAAACCCCGUACGGUUUUUGUCUAGACUUGGACUUCCUGAAAUAUGUCGACGACAUUGAGAAAGGGAAAACCAUCAAAAGAAUCGCUAUCCGGCGCCACGGCAAAGGCCCUCGGCCGAGCACGCUUCCUCGGCACCUCGAGCCCUCCGGGUGCGGCUGCCGCGCCGGCCCUUGGGGAUCGACCGGAGCGCUCGGACCCAGGUCUCGACUGUCUGACGAGCACCGCUGCGGCUCCGUUUCUCCGAGAGGCCGAGCAGAAAUCGAGGCCAAAAUCCGAGCGUUUGACGAGCAGCCCCUGGGUGAGCGCAUCCGACCUCAUUUCCUCCGAGCCUCCAGUCUGCCCCUGACGGUGCUUUUGAGACAAGGACUGGAGACAACGGAGGAGGCCGGAAGCCUCCGAAGCUCAAGGGGUCAUCUUGAAGACCGAAACAAGUCUUGCGAAGACAUCUUUGACGGCGCCGACAGUCCUCACAGCCAGCAUUGCUCAGGCCUGUUGAAACGCCUACGAGAUGCCUUGGAACAUGUGGAGGAGCUGGAGAGGGAAGUACGGGUCAUUCCAGACCUCAGAGCGCAGAUCUGCCUGCUGCAGGAGGGAAAAGAAACGCUGCGUUCACAUAUUCCACCGCUCUCCCUGAAUGGGACCUCCGCCCACUACGACAAUAAAAGGUCACGGCACGAAGGAUGUCGCCAAGAUCGGAAUCCUACGCACGGGUGGAGGGCGAGCACGGACCUGGAUGAGCUGCUGACGGUGACGUCGCUCCAAGCUAAGGUCGCGAUGCUGGAGCAGAAGCUCCACGGGACGGAGCUGGACCUUCAGAGGGUCGCGGGGCGGCUGAGGCGGCAGCAGAAGGGAAGCGAAAGCAAAGAUGAGCGCAUGGAACGUCUCACGGCCAAUCCCGCGGUGGGGGUCCGUGCGGAGCGGGUGCUGAUCCGCCGGGAAGAGGAUGAGAUCGUGGCCCUCUCAAAAAGUGUCAGCGCAAAUGGAGAAAGCGCUCAGAUCAGAGACGACGUUGAAGAUUCUUCAACUGACCCGUCCGUGGCGCUCCACCACAUAAAUAAGAUCAAGCGACUCCUGGAUGAGCAGUGGGCGUGUUUGCGAGAGAAAGGUGCGCAGCGCUUGAGCCCGAAAGUUAUCGCCCUGCAGCGGGAGAUGAUGGCACUCGUCGACGUCCUUCGCUCGCGCUACGCGAUACGAGGUGCAGGUGGGGGAUGCGACAUGACGACCGACAGCAGCGCUUGGACCGUCAAAGCUGCUGAAAAAGGGUGCAAAACAACUGCUCGUGACAAUCCGAUUGGGCGGGACUGCGCGCCGCAGACGGCGGGUAGUUCAGAGCGAGAGGAGAGCGGUAGCGGGCCUCCUCGGGAGAUGGCCGCAAGCCAGGCGGAGGCCCAAGAUGGAAGGAGGCGAAUGAUAUCGCAAGGAGCAGAUGGAGGGCGGGCAUCUGUCGAAGGCGGCGCCGCAGCGGAAAUGGCCGAGAUUGCGAAACAGAUGGAGGGGGACGCCGCCUCCGGAACAAGUCGAGACAGGUCAGAGGGCCAGCGCGCUAAGCCUUUCGUCUUUCUCGUUCGUUUGGCCCUUUUAUCUCCCAUUUUGUCUGUUCUACUUCUUUUUUUUUUUGAAAGCAUGACAGUAAGUGCCGACUUUAUGGCAGCUUGUCACUUCCUCAAUGAUCACAUGGACAACAUCGAGAACCCCACCGAUGACACGAGGAAGGCCCUCGUCGUGCUUUUCCAGGACUGGUUCAGUGCGGCGGCAGAGGAGAAUUCGGUGGCCAGUAAAGUCGGCGUGUACUUGCGGGAGGUGAAAAAGGCAACACCUUCGCUGCUGGCCUUCCUCGUCAACCUGGCCGAUGAUAACGGCAACACGGUCCUCCAUUACAGUGUUUCCCACUGCAAGUACAGUAUUGUCAGUCUGCUGCUAGACACAGGAGUAAGCGACGUUAACUUCCAGAACAAAGCGGGUUACACAAGUGCCAUGCUGGCCUCGCUCACGGCCCCCGACAACCCCGGCGACAUGGGAGUGGUCCGCAGGCUGAUGGAGCUUGGGAACAUUAACGUCCGGUCCACCCAGACGGGCCAGACGGCGUUGCACUUGGCUGUGAGGCACGGGCGAGCGGCGAUGGUGGGCCUGCUGCUGAGCUGCGGCGCAGACGCCAACAUCCAGGACGCUCAGGGAACCAGCGCCCUCAUGUUCGCGUCCCAGAGAGGCUACGCGCACAUCGCAAGGCUGCUGCUGGAGAGGACCCAGUGCCAUCUGACGCUGACCGAUCAGAGCGGCCGCACCGCGCUGUCGAUGGCCACGCAAGGGUCCCACGGUGACACGGCGGCCCUUCUGCGGGCCCACGCCGAGCCUCGAGCUCGGAAGUGACGUCGCCGGCGUCUGACUUCUCGGCGUCAGACCGCUGACCGCGUUUGUUCAAAGAAAGCCUCCACAUCAUCAAUCAGUGUGUCACAUGAGCGGUUUAUUAUCAUUACUGAUGAAAUGACAGUUGACCUUUGCUAAGUUGUGAGUUCGUAACGCUGCUGUCCAUACUUUGGUCUGAUCUUUGCACAAGCAUGUACCUCUUACUGGUUUUUUUGUUUGUCUUGAUUUUCCCUACACAAGAGCAUCUGGUUCUUUUUCUUGUUGUUGUUUUUUUUACGAAAUGUACAACAUUACUUUUUCAACUGCUGAGCAAUUUGUAAAUGAAGCUCUUGUGAAAUACAGAAAUUAAAAAGUCAUGACUGAGGGCAUUCCCCAAACAUUUCAUUUUGACGGAUACGUUUACGUCAUACAAACGUGACGCAUUUAAACAUUGACAUCAAUGCAGCAGAGCAGUUCAAGUGUCGGACUGGAAACACUGAAAACGCAGUCGUCAGCCUUCUUGCUGUACGGACAAACCUGACCAGCAGAUGGCGCAUCCCCUCCAUCUCAGUUUUAGCACAUUUCUUUAUUCGACCACCACCUCAAGUAAAGAAGGUCCGAAAUCAACAAAAGUGGUCCUAAGCAAAUUGUAAAUAAAACAAGACAAAAUGCUCUGUAAUGGUUAAUGUACAAGUGUUCAGAAACUGUAUUUUUUAAUGAUCAAAUCUAGAUUGUAUUAUUUUCAAAUGUGACGUCUAUUAUUGACUUGCAUUCUUGAAAAUGUGUGCUUGUUAUGCUAUAGAUUUAUGUUUGACUAGUCAGACAAGCCAAUUUGGGUUCAGUUUAAAAGUCCUCAUUUGCGUUGGCAAAUGUAAAACACCGGCGGCUCACUGAAAUUGAAAUGGUCUGUAAUAAAAUAAUUCCCAACGCCG